AGGAGCCGGAGCAUAAUGCAAAAACGUGAAUAGGUCAUGGCACGCUUAACAAAGAGACGACAAGCUGAUACAAAAGCUAUCCAGCAUCUUUGGGCAGCUAUUGAGAUCAUUCGAAACCAGAAGCAAAUUGCUAACAUUGAUCGCAUUACAAAGUAUAUGUCUCGAGUCCAUGGUAUGCAUCCGAAAGAGACAACACGUCAGCUGAGCUUAGCAGUGAAAGAUGGGCUUAUUGUUGAGACCCUAACUGUGGGCUGCAAGGGGUCUAAGGCUGGUAUUGAACAAGAAGGCUAUUGGUUACCAGGAGAUGAGAUUGACUGGGAAACAGAAAAUCAUGAUUGGUAUUGUUUUGAAUGCCAUUUGCCUGGAGAAGUAUUGAUAUGUGACCUGUGUUUUCGAGUUUAUCAUUCCAAGUGUUUAUCUGAUGAGUUCAGGCUUAGAGACAGCAGUAGCCACUGGCAAUGUCCAGUUUGCAGGAGUAUUAAGAAAAAAAAUACAAGCAAGCAGGAGAUGAGCACAUACCUGAGAUUCAUUGUUUCCCGCAUGAAGGAGCGGGCUAUAGAUCUGAACAAAAAGGGGAAAGACAAUAAACAUCCAAUGUACAGAAGAUUGGUACAUUCAGCUGUUGAUGUUCCUACAAUACAAGAGAAAGUGAAUGAAGGAAAGUACCGAAGUUAUGAAGAAUUCAAAGCUGAUGCUCAACUUCUUCUCCACAACACAGUGAUUUUCUAUGGAGUGGACAGUGAACAAGCUGACAUAGCCAGAAUGCUCUAUAAAGAUACAUGUCAUGAGCUGGAUGAACUGCAGCUUUGCAAGAACUGUUUCUAUUUGUCAAAUGCACGUCCUGACAACUGGUUCUGCUAUCCUUGUAUACCUAAUCAUGAGCUGGUUUGGGCCAAAAUGAAAGGGUUUGGAUUUUGGCCAGCCAAAGUCAUGCAGAAAGAGGACAAUCAAGUUGAUGUUCGCUUCUUUGGUCACCAUCACCAAAGGGCUUGGAUUCCAUCUGAAAAUAUACAAGAUAUCACAGUUAACAUCCAUCGGUUGCAUGUGAAACGCAGUAUGGGAUGGAAAAAGGCAUGUGAUGAGUUGGAACUACAUCAGCGUUUCCUGCGUGAAGGAAGAUUUUGGAAGUCUAAGAAUGAAGACCGAGGUGAAGAAGAAGCAGAAUCCAGCAUCUCUUCUACCAGUAAUGAACAGCUGAAAGUCACUCAGGAACCAAGAGCAAAGAAAGGCCGGCGUAAUCAAAGUGUGGAACCCAAAAAAGAAGAACCAGAGCCUGAAACUGAAGCUGUAAGUUCCAGCCAGGAAAUUCCCACAAUGCCUCAGCCAAUAGAAAAGGUUUCGGUCUCAACUCAGACCAAGAAGUUAAGUGCCUCUUCUCCAAGAAUGCUGCAUCGGAGCACACAGACCACUAAUGAUGGAGUGUGUCAAAACAUGUGCCAUGACAAAUACACCAAAAUCUUUAAUGAUUUCAAAGACCGAAUGAAAUCUGACCACAAGCGAGAGACUGAAAGGGUUGUACGAGAAGCACUGGAAAAGCUGCGUACUGAAAUGGAGGAAGAAAAAAGGCAAGCUGUAAAUAAAGCUGUGGCCAAUAUGCAGAGUGAGAUGGACAGGAAAUGUAAACAGGUAAAGGAAAAGUGUAAAGAAGAAUUUGUAGAAGAGAUUAAGAAGCUAGCAACACAGCACAAGCAACUGAUUUCCCAGACCAAGAAGAAGCAAUGGUGCUACAACUGUGAAGAGGAAGCCAUGUACCAUUGCUGUUGGAAUACAUCCUAUUGCUCGAUCAAGUGUCAGCAGGAACACUGGCAUGCUGAACAUAAACGCACCUGUCGCCGAAAAAGAUGAAAGCUGUAUUCCUCCUCCUCAAGAGAGAGAGAGAGAGAACAAGAGAGAGAAUCACCCCGAUGAUUUCUAUUCUCAGACAAAGCGGUUUUUGUUUCCAAGAAGCCAAAAUUGUUUAGAAUUUGCUUCCCAUUUUGCACCAGCCUUUAAACACUUUUCGUGAAGAAAUUUUGCACAGUAGUUUAAAUCUUCUGUUCAUGCUCCUCCAGAUUUUGUCAGUGGAGGAGAUCCCAUUGAUCCCAAAGGGAACUCCAGCUGCAGGACAUGUCCAGAGAGGAAGGAAAAUCCUCAUUGUAAUAAAUUCCAACAUUCAUUGUUUGACCAUUUCUGUGUAUUAUCUUUGGAUCUCUAUAUAGUGUGUAUCACCAAAAAAAAAAAGGGGGAAAAAAAAAGAAAACAUCAAAAAGAAUUUAUUUCUUUGUAAAUUGAAUAUAAAACAAAACUCUUGGAUUCUCACUGUAUUAAUCAUUUGUUAUUCCAUUUUAAGAAAUAAUGUUCCUAUAGCAGUAUUUUUAUUUGCUUUUACACUGUACAUAUGCUCCACUAGAACAUGUCCUACACAAUAACUAGUGGAUCCCAUGUUUUUCUUCAUCUAGUAGAGCUCCCACUUUGAGCUCACCAGUCCCAAAUGUUGGUAGUUUCAGUGUCAGACUCCCCAGCAUUAAAUUGUAGUUUCCCUGGUCCUUCCCUGCUGCUCUGUGCAUGUUUUUUGUCCUGUAAGCAUACAUCUCUGAGAGACUUAGUUUUGAGUUCUGAAUACUGAUUUCUCAGAUUAUCAGAGGAAAUGAGGUUGCAACGCUGUUAAUAAAAUUAUUUAAAUUACCCUAUUA